UGUAUGUGUGAGGCUGACACUGAUCCCGUCCCUGCCAGGAAGCCAGAUACCACCAGUCUCCAGUAUUGAGCCUGUGGGUCAGCAGGAGAACCAGAGACAGAAAAUCAGGACUUUAUGGAAGGACAUAGCAGGAAUCUCCGCACAGCUGCAGAACAGGCGACACAAUGACCCAUAAUGAUUUCACUGCAGCCAAGUUUCGAGCUCCUUUUGCUGUCUACUGUGGCAGUGUCCCCAAAUCGAAACCUGGGUACAUGUCCCUACGAAAUGGGAGCAUUGACUCAAACUUGCAGUUGUGUGGCAACAGAUGGGGAGCUGCUGACACAGCUUCUCUACAAACCACGCUAAGCCUCCAGAUGAAAAGGUCCUACCUGUGGGGUGGAGAUGGAGGGGACUUUCAGCCUGGGAUCCUGCCUCCACCACUAGAUUUAGAAGGGAAAAAUGAGUCCCAACUACUCAUAACCCCCAGAUCCAACUAUAAGAACCAGAAAGAUCCAGAGGUGGACAGUGCAGCCCUGGAGACCACCAGACUGAAGGACAAACUGAAACAGAAGAUGUCUGAAGGUUUUACCGCCAGAGGAGCAGCACCUGAAAUAUCUAGCUCGAUGAGCACCCCCCUCAAGCCGGCGGUUCCCAGGAGUGCCUCUCAGAGGUUAUUGAAUAUCACAAAGCCGGUGCCUCCCAUACAAAGGAGCCCCACACCCCAGACCAGUGCAGCAGAAGAGAAUGGCAUGCAGAGGAAUGGACUGGAUAAUGCGGACAGUAUAGAAGGACAAAAUUCCCAAAACCCAUCAAAUAUAGAGUCGUUCAGCUCCAGUGCUGAGAGGAAAUGGAAAUCUCGUGGCGGAGUCUUAAUUCCUCCUAUUCCUAAAUCCUCUGCUGUUCCAGCAGAGCCAAGUCAGAGUGACACAGUGCCGAGUGCUGCUAGCGUUCAGCUAUCUAGAAAUUCACCUGUGCCCGGCCAGGGUGCCUCUCAGAAAAGCGCUGCUUCAGAUGUUGAGGGAAAAUCUCACAGGUCUAUCGUAGACACUGAUCAAACAGAAACCCGCGGUAGGAACGCUGUAACAGAUCCUUUGGAGUCGGCCCCAUUAAAAAACAUUAUGUCAUCUUCAUCCACCGAUGUCUCCCAACCACCGCAGUUUGUCAAAGACGAGGAAGGGAAGGAAAACAAAAUUAGCUUCACUAUAUCGAAGUCCGCUCAGGACAAGAUGCGACAAAAGCAGCAGGAAAUUGAGAACUUUCGAAACGAGAAGAGGCGGAGUCAACAACAACUGUGGGAGAGGCUACAAGAGGCGGAGACAGAGGCAACAACUGUUGUGUCAUUCGGUCUGAGCACCGUGCCAAUCAGCUCGGAUAAGAGAAGAGGGGGAGCCAAUAUUGGUCUCAACAAAUGGGUGAGCCGCCCCUCCCUGCCCAGCAUCCCGACUGUAAAUCCAGACCCUAUCGACUUUCGCCACUCUUCUGCUUAUUCCUUGCCGGCCACCUUCCUGGACUGCUUCGACUGGGACUCUGAUUCUGAGAAUGGGGGUCCGGGUGCAGGACCUAUGUCUCACCCAGAGCAAGGGAUGAUAGAGGCUCUGAAGUGGCUGCAUCACAAGGACUGGGAACAGAAGGAGAAGGGUCUGCUCAGUGUGAGGUGCCUGGCUUCCUGGCAUCCAGAGGUCCUCCUCUCCAGACUCCAUGAUGUCUGUACAGCAGUAACCAGAGAGGUCAGCAAUCUGCGGUCCAAGGUCUCUCGCCAUGCCAUCAAAACACUGGGCGACCUGUUUAAGGCCCUCAGGAGAAACAUGGACCAGGAGGUAGAAGAGGUUGCCCGGGUUCUCCUCCACAAGAUUGGCGACUCCAACGAUUUCAUACGGGAGGAAUCGGAUAAAUGCCUUGGAAUCAUGGUAGAAUAUGUCAGCCCUUCCAAAGCCAUGUCUGCAUUGCUAGCUGGGGGUAGUAGUCAUCGGAACAGCUCCAUCAGAAAGUGCAUGGCGAAACAUCUGCUGGCGGUGGUGGAACAGCUGGGGGCAGACAAGCUUUUCUCCGGGCCCAGAGAAAGCACGGACACAUUCCUACGGACCCUAGUUAAGUUGGUGCAGGACGGACAACAAGACACCAGGUUCUACGGGCGCCGGAUAUUCAGCUUCAUAAUGACUCAUCCCAAGUUUGAUGGACAGAUGGAACGUGUGAUCCCGUCACAUGACCUGCGUGAACUGAUUGCCGCUGUUAAGCAGAAAGAAAUGAGUGAUAAUGUUUCAGACGUCCCGUCAGCCAGAAGUCAGCGACCGCUUCAGAAGAGCAGUGCGGUUCCGAUGGCCCAGGAUGCCCCGAAGCCAGACCCAAGCGUGAGCAGACCCGUGGUGGAAACAGAACCUCAGGAGUCUCCCAGCCCCCGGCGGCAGCCUGUCCGUGCAGCGGAGGUGACAGAGCAACUGAAGGAACUCAACAAACUGCUGACAGCCAAGGAAUACCAGAACAAGAUGGACGGCGUGACGCUUCUGCUGGAACAUUGCAAGAGCAACGUCAAGUUUGUCUCCUCUAACGUUACUCAAAUAUUUGAUGCAUUUAACCCGAGGAUGCAGGAUGCAAACAAGAAGGUUAAUCAGUACGCUCUGGAGUCGGCCGUGAUCAUGGUCCCUCUCCUCAAGGACAGUCUGCAUCAUGUGCUGGUCCCAAUGGUGACCGUCAUCACCGACAACCUGAACUCCAAGCACACUGGGAUCUACACCGCUGCCGCGACGGUUCUGGACACGCUCAUUGCAAAUAUAGAUCAUUUGUGGCUUCUGCAGCCAGUUUCCAGCAGAGUCCGUUUCCUCAGCGGCCGCGCCAUGAGUGAUGUGACCCAUCGACUGUCAGGUCUAGUAUCUUCUGUUUAUCCCCGGAAGCCUCAGGCUGUGGAGCGCCACGUCCUGCCGGUGCUGUGGUUUUUCCUGAGUAAUAUAACUGGGAAUGGAGUGCUGCCAGGGCGUAACGGGAAUUUCAAGGACGUGGUCACCAAACUGGCCAAAACUCUGCAGAGAGUGAUGGGAUCGAACCUUGAAGAAUACGCGUCUGGACAACCGCAACACGUCAUAAAGAUGCUGGCUGACAUUCUAGGCAUAAAACAUGAAUAAGUGUAGUAACACCCCCCUGCUUGUGGUGGCCACAGUGAAAGAGGUAGACAUGUAGGGUCAAGAAGUUCUGGGAUAUACCCAAUAUUCUGAACAUACCUCAGUGUAAAUUCUGUUCCGUGGACUCAUCGAAAGGACUGUUGACUCAUCUCUAGAUAGGCACAACUCCAGUAACCCCCCUACCUAUAGAUAAAUAGGUCUGUCAAUGACAACAAUACAUUUAGAGAAACAAAAAUAAUUAAUUACAUGAUAAGGGUGGGGUAGUUUAAGACCAUUCAGACCCUGAAGGACUCAUAUUAUAAAACCCUUGAUCUAUCGCUUCUGUGGUCUUUUCUGUAUAUAUACUGGACAAUAAUUUAUAAAUAACACAAUCUGUUAACGCAUCAAUCUCCAUUGUUUAGACAUAACUUCACUUUAAGUUGAAAAGAAGGAAAUUUCAAGGGAAACUUUACGUACCAAAAAUUUAAUGGAAGAAUAUUGCAAUGAUUGGCCAAUGUUGGCGUUACUGCAUGAGCCAGUGAUUUGCACGUCGGAUACUGUGACAGAACAUAUAAGUAGGGGCUAGUUGCAGUUGAUAAAAGAGAAAUGGAAAUAUGAAUUUGCUUCAGGAAAACCAUGAUACCGUGCACUACAACUUACUAGAAUAACUUUUGACAUUAAAAUAGGACUUCUACCCGAAAGUGACAGUUGAUAACUCAAAGCUAUACUGCUGCUGCCAUUUGAUACAUAGGCUUUGGGUAACUGCCCACGGAAACAAAUGGUUCGAUAUCUAUAUGUCAAAAUGGCAACAUAGGUGUAUUUUAAAGAAAUUUCAGGCACAGUCCCUAUCUAUAGUAUCAGACGUUGUCCCGGUAGCUUGUGUACCUAGCAUAAAGGUUUUCGUUUGUUAACACAUUUUAGUCGGUUACCAUUGCAGAGAAUCAGAUUCUGAUUGGAUAUUUCCUCUUCCCCAAACCAGCACUAAACAUCCCUGGGAUGCUGGACAGGACUUCUAAUAUUUAUAAUCUGUCUAUAGAUCGCCCUUUUCCUUUUACUUGCAGAUGUACAUUAACAUUAUAUUACAUUGUACAGCGCUAACAUUUUGCUACAUUUUAAUAGCUUUAGAAAAGAAAAAAAAAUCUGACUUGCUUCACUGUUCAACAGCAAAUUUCUGAAUAGUAAGGCUGAUAAUAUAGAUAAUAUAAUGCAGAACUAAAGCUAAUUUAUGUACAUACUGUAUUAUGUGUAUUAGCAUUAAAUUACAUUUGUAUUUUUA